CGUCGCCCGCCACCCCAUUGGCAGCGACAUCAGCCGAGACAGAGGACGUCUGGGGUCAGCCUUUUGCUAAAUCUUGGACUGUGUAUCAUUGCGAAAAAGGUGAUGCAUUUGCUCGUGGUGAAACAACUUUCCCGAGCCUGCACACCCAGGCUCACCAACACUCCUCUUCUGUCAACUGCGAUACGUCUCUCGGCUACCCAGCCGGCAGUAACUAAAGAUGGCCGUGAAAUCCUCGAAAUUCCCAACGAGCCUCCCGAACGUGAUCUGGUGAAUUUUCCUCGUCUCAAAAGACCCGUGUACCCUGCGAAGGUCCGUAUGGGUUUCCUUCCUGAUUCCUGGUUUCAGUUUUUCUACCACAAAACUGGAGUCACUGGCCCCUACUUCUUCGGUGCGGGCUUGCUCACCUACAUGUAUUCGAAGGAAAUAUUGCUCAUGGACCACGAAUUCUGGACCGGUGUAACCCUUGCUAUCAUGAUUUCUUAUGGCGUUAAAAAGAUGGGUCCUGGCGUUAAUGCUUACGUAGACAAGGAGGUGGACACGAUGGAAGAGGACCUUGAGCAUUGCCGUUCAGGGAACAUGGACGCUUUGAAAGAAGCAAUCAAGAACGAGGAGCAUUCCCAGUGGCAAGCAGAGGGCGAAAAAAUGCUGUUUGAAGCAAAGCGAGAGAACGUUCACCUUCAGUUGGAAGCAGAAUUCAGGAAGAGGCAGAUGACGGUAUACAACGAGGUCAAGAAGAGGCUGGAUUUCCAGUUCGAAGUUCAAAAUGUGAAGAGGCGACUGCAGCAGAAGCAUAUGGUCAACUGGAUUGUUGAUAAUGUCGUCAAGAGCAUCUCACCGCAGCAAGAGAAGGAUGCCCUGCAGAAAUGCAUCACCGACCUCAAAAGCCUAGCAGCUGUAGCGUGAUCUUGGCACCACGACACUACGGACAAAACAUAGCGUCCUUUUAAGUGCAUUCGUUGCUCUGAACUUUCGGUGGAAUUGUUAUCCUCUGCACAAAGGCUAGAAUAAAUGGUGAAACAAU